GAUUUCAGCACGGUGCCAUCGAAAUGGUGGAUCGUAGGGAGAUAUUUCUCCUUCUUUGUGCUACUUUAGCAGUGCAGGCAUUAACAAUUGAAACAUUACCGGAAGCUGAAUCAGUUCCGGACACGGAAAUAAGUGAAGAUGUGACGGAAACUGUUGAAGAAAAUCACGCGAAUGGCACUGAAAGUGAUUUAAGGAAGGGCUACUCCAAAUGCCCUUUGCAUGAGGAUUAUCUCAAGUGUGGCCCAACGUGUGAGGUCGACUGUACGACCAUUGGGAAGUCUUGUGACAAUACGGACUGCCGCCCAGGAUGUUUCUGUCGGCCAGGAUACGUGCGAGAGGGUCCGGGGGGGAAAUGCAUUUUCCAAAAGAAGUGCCCAAGACCAACGUGCCCCAAACACGAGGAAUAUCUCUUCUGUGGUGAAGCCCCACCGUGUCAAGCAACGUGCGAUAACUUUGGGCAGGCAUGUGCCAUUAAAUCUUCUUCAUACUGCCCUCAAGGAUGCUACUGCAAGUUCGGUUAUGCACGUCAUCCAGUGAGUGGGCAGUGUAUUCAUGCAAAGAGUUGUCCCUCCAUUGAGUACAUCCACGAGCCACCACCAGCAACGACGAAGAAACCCACAACAACAACAACAACAACCACAACAACCCCUGCUGCUCCAAAAUCUUGCGGCAAGAAUGAGGAAUAUCUCGACUGUGGACCAGCUUGCCAAGUCGAAUGCUCCAAUUUGGGCAAAGAUUGCCCCAUUAGGAAUGUUAAGUGCACAAGUGGAUGCUUCUGUAAGGCAGGCUAUGCCAGGGAUGGCCCAGGAGGACCGUGUAUUCCCCAAAAGAGUUGCUCAUAUCCGUAUUGCCCGAAGAAUGAGGUAUGGCUCAUCUGUGGACAAGCUCCUGCAUGCCAGGUAACAUGUGAAGCUCUCGAUGGUGACUGCGAGGGAAGGAAGUACAGCAAUUACUGCCCGUAUGGUUGCUACUGCGCCAAAGGAUAUGCCCGUCAUCCCGAGACAGGAGAAUGUAUUCGGAAGAAUGAUUGUCCCAAGGAACCAGUAUGUGGGGCAAAUGAGGAGUACGCAGCCUGUGGGUAUCGAUGCAAAGAAACAUGCCUCGCAAACAGUAAGAGCUGCUUGUUUGAGAAAUGCGAAGCUGGAUGUUUCUGCUCAAAGGGCUACGUCCGAAUUAAUGGGAAAUGUGUUCCAGCUGAUAACUGCGUCAAGAAAUGCCCACCAAAUGAAGAAUACAAUUCGUGUGGCAAAAGAUGCGAUGAAAGCUGCGACAAGCCCGAAGGAUCGUGCAAAUACGAAAUUUGCGAAAAAGGAUGUUUCUGCAUAAAUGGCUAUAAACGAGUAGGAGGUGUUUGUGUACCACUUUCCAACUGCCCACCACCAAAGUGUGCAGAUCCAAAUGAAGUGUACACAACCUGUGGAAAAUCUUGCAAUGAGGAUUGCAAGAAAUCAAGCGACGACUGUAAGUACGAUGCAUGCCAAAAGGGUUGCUUCUGUGCAAAUGGCUAUAAAAGAGUACGCGGACGCUGCGUCCCGGAAGAAGACUGCGAAUGUCCAGCAAAAGAGGUCUACAAGUGCAGUACGGACUGCGAUGAGGACUGCAGUAGUAAUCCCUAUGACUGUUGGAAGCAGAAAUGCAGCAAAAAGUGCCACUGCGUUGGAAACUACAAGAGGAUCAAUGGAGUGUGUCAGCCUCCAGCAAAUUGUCAGUGUCCCAGCAAUGAGGAGUACACGUACAAUAGCAAAUGCAGUGAGCAAUGCAACACACCCCCCAGUGCAUGUGCAGGUGAGAAGGAGUUCUUCGGUUGCUUCUGUAAGAGUGGCUUCAAACGAAUUGAUGGAGUGUGCGUCCCCGAUACCACCUGUCCAUGCCAACAAAAUGAGGAAUAUGUCUACGGCAACACAUGCGCCGAAGACUGCAGUAGUGGCCCUGAUGAUUGCAAAGAUGCUGAAUGCUACAGAGGAUGUUUCUGUCAGGAAGGAUAUAGACGAAUUAAUGGACUUUGUGUUCCCGACAAUGAAUGCUCCUGCCCCAAGAAUGAAGAGUACACGUGGGGAAGUGACUGCCUGGAUGAUUGUUACACACCCCCGGAAAAAUGUUUAUCGGAACUCAUUUACAAGAGGUGUUCGUGCAAACGUGGAUUCAAGAGAAUUAAUGGAAAGUGCGUUCCAGACGCUUUCUGCAAAUGCAAGAAGAAUGAAGUCUACAAAGCUGGGACAGAUUGCGAAGAAUUAUGCAGUUAUGGAGGAAGUGUUGACUGCUCACAGGCUGUAUGCUACAAAGGAUGCUUCUGUGACAAUGGAUUUGUGAGGAUCAAUGGAAAAUGCGUCCCAGGUGCUGAAUGUGGUUGCGGCGUGAAUGAAGAAUUUGUGAGUUCCAGUAAAUGCCAGGAAGAUUGUUCAAAGACAUUCGAUGAUUGCCGCCAAGUACCUGAAUCCUUUGGAUGUUAUUGCUUCAGGAAUUAUAAACGAAUCAAUGGCAAGUGUGUACUCGAUGAUAAUUGCCCAUGUCCGAAAAAUGAGGAAUUUGACUUCAUAAAUGAUUGUACGGAGAGUUGCGAAGGAACUCCGGAACUAUGUGCUGGUAUUAAUAAUGUGAACAGAUGUAAAUGCAAAGAAGGAUACAAGAGAAUCCUUGGGAAAUGCGUGAAGGAUUAUCUGUGUCCUUGUGAUAAGAAUGAAGAAUAUAAAUACGGAGAUAAAUGCCAUGACAAUUGUCAAGAAAACUACAAUAAUUGUCCCCAAGGGGAGCCGUAUAAAGGAUGCUUCUGCAAGGAUGGAUAUGUUAGAGUCAAUGGCACAUGCCAGACAUUCGACAAUUGUCUUUGCAGUGGAAAUCAAACCUACACGUACUCCAAUGAUUGCUUAGAAACCUGCGACGGUAAUCCAGAUAGUUGCAAAGAUCUACCACUUGAGGCAAGAUGCUACUGCUCUGAUGGAUUCCGUAGAGAUAGUAAAGGAAACUGCAUCCCUGACACAGACUGCCCAUGUGCUGAUCCUAAUGCCGAAUACAAACAAGGUAAAAGCUGUGAGGAUGAAUGUGUUCCAUCAGAUGAAUGCGCCGACCAGGAAUGCUACAAAGGAUGUUACUGCAAAGACGACUACAAGAAGAUUUCAGGAUACUGCAAACCAGAUUCCGGUUGUACGUGCAGUGGAGCAAAUGAAGCUUACUACCCCUCAAACUCAUGCUUAGAAACAUGUGACGGCAAUCCAGAUAGUUGUGCUGGAAUAGCCUCAGAUAAGGGUUGCUUCUGUGCUCCAGGAUUCAGGAGAGACAGCACUGGAACGUGUGUCUCUGAAUCUGAAUGCACAUGUGCUGACCCAAAUGCCGAAUACAAACAAGGAAAGAGCUGCGAUGAUGAUUGUGUACCAUCUGAUGAGUGUAGUGAUGCACAAAGCUACAAGGCAUGCUACUGCAAGGAUGGCUACAAGAAGAUAGGAAAAUACUGCAAGCCAGACAAGUAUUGCACAUGCAGUAGUUCAAAUGAACUCUAUUACCCCUCCAAUAAAUGCCUCGAGAAAUGUUAUGGUAAUCCCGAUAGUUGCAGUGGUAUACCAACAGAGAAGGGAUGCUAUUGCGCCCCAGGAUACGUAAGAGAUUACAAUUGGGCGUGUGUUCCCGAUACUACGUGCACAUGUGCAGAUCCAAAUGCUGAAUACAAACAAGGCAAAUAUUGUGAGCAAGAUUGCUUGCCGUCUGAUGAUUGUGCAAAUCAAAUAUGCUAUAAAGCGUGCUACUGUAAAGAUGGCUUCAAAAACAUUGAUGGAUCCUGCCAACCGGACACAGGAUGCACCUGCAGUGGAGAAAAUGAAGCUUAUCAAGUUCUAAAUGACUGCCUGGAUAAAUGUGAUGGAAAUCCCGAUAGUUGCAGUGGAAUUCCCACAGAACAGGGUUGCUUCUGUGCUCCAGGCUACAGAAGAUGGAUCAAUGGAAAUUGCAUUCCUGAUAUAUGGUGUCCAUGUGUCGAUCCUAAUGCUGAAUACAAGCAAGGUAAGGCGUGUGAGCAAGAUUGCCUACCAGCUGAUGACUGUGCCGAUAAAAUAUGCUACAAAGGUUGCUACUGCAAGGAUGGAUACAAAAACUUUGAUGGGAAAUGUCUUCCUGAGUCGGGAUGUACGUGCAGUGGAGACAAUGAAUCGUACCAAACAUCAAGCAGUUGCUUAGAUACUUGCGAUGGGAAUCCUGAGAGUUGUGCGGGAGUUCCCACAGAGGAUGGAUGCUACUGUUCACCAGGGUACAGACGAAACAGUACUGGAAGUUGUGUUCCAGACUCUGAAUGUCCCUGUUCAGAUCCAAAUGCGGAGUACAAACAAGGAAAAUAUUGUGAGCAAGAUUGUGUUCCAUCCGAUAAUUGUGCUGAUCAAAUAUGCUACAAAGGCUGCUACUGCAAGGAUGGAUUUAAGAAUAUUGCAGGGAUUUGCCAACCUGAGACGAAUUGCGUGUGUGGCACAAAUGAAGCAUAUCAGACAUCUAAUGAUUGUUUGGACACAUGCGAUGGGAAUCCCGAUAGUUGUGCAGGAAUUCCAACAGAAGAUGGUUGCUACUGUGCUCCUGGCUAUCGACGAGACAGUAAUGGAAAUUGCAUAGUGGACACUAAUUGUCCUUGCUCCGAUCCCAAUGCUGAAUACAAACAAGGAAAGUCUUGUGAACAAGAUUGUCUACCUUCGGAUGAUUGCUCAGAUCAAAUAUGCUACAAGGCAUGCUACUGCAAAGAUGGAUACAAGAAUAUAGGAGGCACGUGUCAGCCUCUGUCCAACUGCACAUGCAGUGGUGCAAAUGAAGCAUAUCGUAAUAUUAAUUAUUGUUGGGAAAGCUGCGACAGUAAUCCAGAUGUUUGCGUUACUAUUCCGACCGAAUAUGGUUGCUACUGCGCAAUUGGUUUUACCAGAGAUUCCAAUGGUAAUUGUAUUGAUCAAUCGCUAUGCCCAUGCACUGAUCCAAAUGCGGAAUAUAGGUCAGGAAAACCAUGUGAGGAUGAAUGUAUUCCAACAGAUGAUUGUAAUAUACAAAUAUGCGGAUUUAGUUGUUAUUGCAAAGAAGGUUUUAAGAACAUAAAUGGAUCUUGUCAACCAGCUAGUAAUUGUUCAUGUCCUGGUGACAACGAAGCGUACUUUAUUGGUAAUUCCUGCUAUGACAGUUGUACCAGUAAUACUAGCGUUUGUUCCCAAUUUCCCGUGGACUUUAAUUGCUACUGCAUAUUAGGAUACAAGAGAGAUGCAAAUGGAAAUUGUGUAAAUCAAACUAUGUGUCCUUGUGAUGAUCCAAAUGCCGAAUACAGGUCAGGAAAAGCAUGCGAAGAUGAAUGUAUUCCACCAGAUAAUUGUGGAGUACAAGAUUGUGGAUUACAAUGUUUAUGUAAAGACGGAUUCAAAAAUAUCGAUGGAUCUUGCCAGCCAGCUAGUAAUUGUUCAAGCCAAUGUCCUGGAGCAAACGAAGUUUAUCGUGUAUACAAUUAUUGUUGGGAAAGUUGUGCAGGUGAUCCGGAUGUUUGCUUUACUAUCCCUUCCGUCUAUGGUUGUUACUGUGAAGAAGGAUACAAAAGAGACGCAAAUGGUAACUGCGUUGAUGAAAACACAUGCCCAUGUGAUGAUCCAAACGCAGAGUAUAGAACUGGGAAAGAUUGCGAAGAUCAAUGUAUUCCACCUGAUGGUUGUCCACUACAACCAUGUGUACGGAAAUGUUUCUGUAAGGAUGGAUUUAAAAAUAUUGGGGGAUCCUGUCAGCCUAUUGCAAACUGCACUUGUCCCGGUGAAAAUGAAGUCUAUCGAAUCUAUAAUGAAUGCUUUGAAAGCUGUGAAAGUGAUAUAAGCAUUUGUGUGACAAUUCCUAGACGGUAUGGUUGCUUCUGCGCUCUUGGAUAUAAAAGGGAUGCAAAUGGAAAUUGCAUUGAUGAAAAUACUUGCCCAUGUGAUGAUCCAAAUGCUGAGUACCGAUCAGGAAAGGCUUGUGAAGACCUUUGCAUUCCGCCAGAUGACUGUAGUACCCAACCAUGUGGAAAGAAAUGUUACUGCAAAGAUGGAUUCAAAAACAUCGGAGGGACUUGUCAGCCUCAAUCCAGCUGUACUUGUUCAGGUACAAAUGAAGUGUACGAUACGUCCAAUACAUGCUACGACAGUUGUACGAGCGAUCCAGAAGUUUGCGUUGAAACCCCAACAACGCCUGGUUGCUACUGCGCACUUGGUUUCAAGAGAGACGCUAAUGGAGACUGUAUUGACGAGACUACCUGCCCUUGUGACGACCCCAAUGCAGAGUACAGGACAGGAAAGGAUUGUGAAGAUGAAUGUAUUCCACCUGAUGAUUGUGGAAUACAAAUUUGCGGGUUUAAAUGUUACUGCAAAGAUGGUUUCAAGAACAUUGGAGGGACUUGCCAACCUGAGUCCAGUUGCACCUGCCCAGGUACAAAUGAAGUCUAUGACACAUCUAACGUCUGCUAUGAUAGUUGUACGAGCGAUCCAGAAGUUUGUGUCGACAUUCCAACAACGCCCGGUUGUUACUGUGCAGUUGGAUUUAAAAGGGACGCAAAUGGAAAUUGUAUUGACGAGACUACGUGUCCUUGCACAGAUCCCAAUGCUGAGUACAGAACAGGAAAGGAUUGCGAAGAUCAGUGCAAUCCACCAGCUGAUUGUAGUGCACAAAUUUGCGGAUUUAAAUGUUACUGCAAAGAUGGUUUUAAGAAUAUUGGCGGAUCGUGUCAACCUGACUCCGGUUGUACAUGUCCAGGAGCGAAUGAAGUAUACAGAGUUAGUAAUGAUUGCUUUGAAAGCUGUUCAGGUGUUCUAGCUGAUUGUUUAGCUACUGCUACGACCCCUGGUUGCUACUGCGCACCUGGAUAUAGGAGGGAUGCAAAUGGCGAUUGUAUUGUUGAAAGUACAUGUCCAUGCGAUGAUCCAAAUGCUGAAUACUCAUACUCAAAUGAUUGUUUACAACCAUGUGACGGUAAUUCAGUGACAUGCGCGGGUGUAGGCAUAAGAUCAGGUUGCUUUUGUAAAGAUGGAUACAAGCUGAUCGAUGGUUCUUGUCAACCAGAGAAUCAGUGUCCUUGCCCUAAUGCAAAUGAAGUCUACAAGGAUAUGAAAACAUGCGAAGAGGAAUGUACUCCAACGGCAGAUUGUGAAUUCGAAGAAUGCGUCAAGGGUUGCCACUGCAGGAGUGGCUUCAAACGUAUUGAUGGAGCUUGCGUUGCGGAAGCUGGAUGCAACCCAUGUGGCCCAGAUGAAGUUUACAAAUGCGGAAGAGACUGUGAGGAUCAACUGUGCGGUCUCUUGGAUAUAAAUCUUUGCUUGGAUCUCCCAUGUCAGAAUGGCUGCUACUGCCAAGACGGUUUCCUCAGGCUUCUCGGAAUUUGCGUUCGAGUUGAUCUUGGUGUCAGUCUCUGCCCUUGUGCGGCACAGGGUCAAGAGUUUGGUUGCAAGAGUGAUUGCUCUCAGUCUUGCGAGGAAAUCCCAUCGCAAUGCGACGAAACCAACUGCAGAUGGGGAUGUCACUGCCUCGAUGGAUUCAGGGAACAGGGUGGUGCGUGUGUCCCAGAAGCGCUCUGUGCUUGUGGUGCAAAUGAAACUCCACGAACGGGUAAAACAUGCGAGGAUGACUGCAGUGUUACACCAGCAGCGUGCACCGCAUCCAGUGAUCCAACUGGCUUCAAAUGCUUCUGCAAUCCUGGCUUCUGCCGAGGAACCGACGGAACAUGCGUUGUUCGCACAGUUAACAGAAAGAAAUUCCACAAACUCUUGUGGUAAAAAGCCCAGGAACUCCUUUUUGUAUCGUUCGUAUUAAAGCAUUUCUUUCAAACUAAUGCAUUCUCACAAAAUAAAAGAAAAUGUUUCACAAUUCUUUUCUUUUUAAUAUUAUGUUUGUAUGUCAAAUUUAAAGGUGAAAUAAACAAGAACUAUAUAUUCAA